AUGCCGCCGCCGGCAGACAUCGUCAAGGUGGCCAUCGAGUGGCCUGGGGCCUUCCCUAAGCUCAUGGAGAUAGACCAGAAAAAGCCUCUUUCAGCCAUUAUAAAGGAAGUGUGUGAGGGAUGGUCUUUGGGGAGCCAUGAAACCUAUGCUCUGCAGAUUGCUGAUGCAACAAAUUUCUACAUCACAGAAAAGAAUCGCAAUGACAUCAAAAAUGGCUCCAUCCUGCGUCUAACCACUUCUCCCUACCAGACGGCCCUCCAGCUUCAUGAACGGAUCCAGUCAUCCAGCAUGGAUGCAAAGCUGGAGUCACUGAAAGACCUGGCCAACGCUUCCAGGGACAUCACCUUCGCGCAGGAGUUCAUCAACCUGGACGGCAUCUCGCUGCUCACUCAGAUGGUGGAAAGUGGCACUGAGCGCUAUCAGAAACUUCAGAAGAUUAUGAAGCCAUGUUUUGGUGACCUGCUGUCCUUUACUCUGACGGCCUUCGUAGAGUUGAUGGACCAUGGGAUUGUCUCCUGGGAUACGUUCUCUGUGGCCUUUAUCAAAAAGAUUGCCAGCUUUGUGAACAAGACCGCCAUGGACACGGCAGUGCUGCAGCGUUCCCUGGCCAUCCUGGAGUCCAUGGUGCUCAACAGUCAAGAUCUUUACCACAAGGUGGCGCAAGAGAUCACGAUUGGACAGCUCAUCCCACACCUUCAGGGCACUGAUCAAGACAUCCAGACCUACACCAUCGCUGUUAUCAACGCUCUGUUCCUCAAAGCUCCAGAGGAGAAGAGACAGUUUGAUGAGAACAUUGUGGACAUCCUAAAUUGUCCCCUGACAGAGAUGGCCCACAUUCUAGCUCAGAAGCAGCUACGCUCCAUCAUUCUCACUAGUGUAAUCCGGAGCCCCACACCCAUUAAUGAUGAGAUGGCACAUCAGCUGUAUGUGAUGCAGGUGCUCAACUUCAACCUGUGUGAGGAUCGCAUGAUGACCAAGAUGGAUCCUCAGGACCAGGCUCAGAGGGACAUCAUCUUUGAGCUUCGAAGAAUUGCCUUCGAUGUGGAGAGCGAGCCCAACAACGGAGGCAGCAUCGAAAAGCGCAAAUCCAUGUACACCAGAGACUACAAAAAGCUUGGCUUCAUUAAUCAUGUCAAUCCAGCGGUGGAUUUUACGCAAAUUCCUCCAGGCAUGAUGGCUCUCGAUAACAUGCUUUACUUUGCCAAACACCACCAGGAUGCUUACAUCAGGAUUGUCCUGGAGAACAGCAGCAGGGAAGACAAGCACGAAUGCCCAUUCGGCCGCAGCAGCAUCGAGCUGACCAAGAUGCUCUGCGAGAUCCUGAAAGUCGGCGAACUUCCCAGUGAAAACUGUCAUGACUUCCACCCCAUGUUCUUCACCCACGAACACUCCUUUGAGGAAUUCUUCUGCAUCUGCAUCCAGCUGCUCAACAAGACCUGGAAGGAAAUGCGAGCCACAAGCGAAGACUUCAACAAGGUAAUGCAGGUGGUGAGAGAGCAGAUCAUGCGAGCGCUCUCUGUGAAGCCUAAUUCCUUGGACCAGUUCAAGAGUCGCCUGCAGAACCUGAGCUACACAGAGAUCCUGAAGAUACGUCAGUCCGAGAGAAUGAAUCAGGAAGAUUUCCAGUCCCGGCCCAUCUUGGAGCUGAGAGAAAAGAUCCAGCCAGAGAUCAUGGAGCUGAUCAAACAGCAGAGGCUCAACCGUUUGUGCGAGGGGACCUGCUUUAGGAAAAUCAGCAGUCGCAGGAGGCAAGAUAAGUUCUGGUACUGCCGGCUGUCUCCGAAUCAUAAAGUCCUGCACUAUGGAGAUCUUGAGGAGAGCCCUCAGGGAGAAGUCCCCCACGACUCUUUACAGGACAAAUUGCCUGUAGCUGAUAUCAAAGCUGUUAUCACUGGCAAAGACUGUCCUCACAUGAAGGAAAAAGGAGCCCUCAAGCAAAACAAGGAGGUGUUGGAGCUGGCUUUCUCUGUCCUCUACGAGUCAGAUGAAUACUUGAACUUCAUCGCUCCUGACAAGCAUGAGUACUGCGUAUGGACGGACGGUCUCAAUGCUCUCCUGGGAAAGGAGAUGACCAGUGACUACACCAAAACAGACAUGGACACCCUGCUCUCCAUGGAGAUGAAGCUUCGCCUACUGGAUCUAGAAAACAUCCAGAUUCCUGAGGCGCCUCCCCCGAUUCCCAAAGAACCUAGCAACUAUGACUUUGUUUAUGACUGUAACUAGACCUACACCCCACCCCAACCCGAAAAGCCUGAACCUCUCCGCCCCACCCCCCAAACCCACUCUGCACCGUCUGUAUUCACUGGACCAACCCCCUCUUUUCUCAAAUACUGGAAGAAGCGUAAAAAAAAAGUGAGUGAUAAUGAUUAAAAUGAACUCUAGGUGAGCUCUUGUUUCUUAUUAGAGCUUUAUCAGUGGAAAAAUGGUAAAUAUUGAUGUUAAUAUUUGCACUUGAUGGACUGAGGGAGUCAGUGCAGAGUCAUCAGGGUGGAGAAAAGAAGCCAGGGAGCGUUUGUUUGUUGCGUCUCCGCAUCGCCGCCAUCGCUUUCCUCCUGUGACCGAUGUUUCCAAACUUUCUCUUUUUUUCUUCCUUCCUGCCCAGCCUCUUGCUGUCUUCUUGCUUCUGUAGACAAAUGUGUUGAAAUUUCAUUCUCUUCACCUCCUUUAUUGUUGUUUUUUUUAGGUUUUUGUUUUGUUCUUUUUUUUAUUAUUAUUUUCCUCAGGGUUUUCUUGUGAGGGACAAAGAUUGCAGAGAUCAGGAUGACAAUUUUGUAAAUGGAGGGAUUUUGUGUCACCUCGUCAGAAGUAUUUAUAUUUUGUCACAUUUCCACUUACUUUGUGGCAGCUAAAUGUUUUGCAGCUGGCUGGAUCACGCCCAGCGGACCCAUAGUUCAUUAAAAUACUUCUUUGUCUUGCCCCAGUCUCACUUAACACGCACUGAAGACUGUUCAAAUAAGGUGAUCCUCAAAAUCCAACCACUUUACCACAGUAUUUUUUUAUAUACACAUUGAUGUUAUUGAAAACCACAGCUGCUCAUUACUCAUUGUACAUACGUACACAGUGGCAGUGCCAUCAGACAAGUGUAAGAGAGCUACCAUUGUUAGACAACAUACUCUCAUAUUUUUCCUAAUUUGAGUCUUAUUAUUUUUGUUGUUGUUUUGAUGACUGCUGUAAACAACAUUCCUAAGCAAUAUCGGAGCUUUUGUUUUGAUUUUUUUUUUGUGUAAUAUGGUCAUCAUUUAGUAAUUUUUAAAAUUGUGAACAGCCUGUUGUGGGUGUUUGGUAAAGGGAAUUUGACUUUUUCCAUUUCUCUCCACGUAUUUUUCAAACUAUGAAGGCCACAAAGUUAAGAAUUUAUGUAUUUUUUUAAUUUAAGACAAAAAAAGGAAGCAUCAUUUUUAUUCCUAGUAUGAUUUAUAUAUUUUUGUCCUUCCUAUUUAAUGCCUUCUUAUCUUCAUUAGAUUUUUUUCAAAGCCCCUAAAACUGCUGUUUACAUUAAAAAAUAAAAUUAAAAA